UCGCGGCCCGUGACGCCCCCGCGCUCGCUCUCGCGGGUGCAGGCGCAGCUGCGCGCCGAGUCUCCAUGUUGGGAAGCGCCGCGCGUCCUCGUUAGCGGGAUCCGGGCGCCGCGGGCAGAGCCCCGGGCUGGGCGCUGCGAAGAUGGAGGCCCCGCUGCGGCCUGCCGCCGACAUCCUGAGGCGGAACCCGCAGCACGACUACGAGCUGGUGCAGAGGGUCGGCAGCGGCACCUACGGGGAUGUGUACAAGGCCAGAAAUGUACAUACAGGAGAAUUAGCUGCAGUGAAAAUCAUCAAGUUGGAGCCUGGUGAUGAUUUUUCUUUGAUUCAACAAGAAAUAUAUAUGGUUAAAGAAUGUAAGCAUUGCAACAUCGUAGCCUACUUUGGGAGCUAUCUCAGUAGGGAAAAACUGUGGAUUUGCAUGGAAUACUGCGGUGGCGGAUCCCUUCAAGAUAUUUAUCAUGUUACUGGACCAUUAUCUGAAUUGCAAAUAGCCUAUGUAUGCAGAGAGACGUUGCAGGGUCUUGCCUAUUUGCAUACUAAAGGCAAAAUGCAUAGAGAUAUCAAAGGUGCAAAUAUCUUAUUAACAGACCAUGGUGAUGUAAAAUUAGCUGAUUUCGGUGUGGCUGCAAAAAUAACAGCGACCAUUGCAAAGAGAAAGUCUUUCAUUGGCACCCCUUACUGGAUGGCCCCAGAAGUUGCAGCGGUGGAAAAGAAUGGUGGCUACAACCAACUCUGUGAUAUCUGGGCAGUCGGAAUAACAGCCAUUGAGCUUGGAGAGCUUCAGCCGCCUAUGUUUGAUCUUCAUCCAAUGAGGGCUCUCUUCUUAAUGUCAAAAAGUAAUUUUCAACCUCCAAAACUAAAGGACAAAACAAAAUGGUCAUCGACAUUCCAUAAUUUUGUCAAAAUAGCGCUAACUAAGAACCCUAAGAAAAGACCAACUGCUGAAAGGCUUCUGACCCACUCCUUUGUUGGGCAGUCGGGUCUGUCUCGGGCCCUGGCAGUUGAACUGUUGGACAAGGUGAACAACCCAGACCACCAUGCGCACUACACGGAAGGAGACGACGAUGACUUCGAGCCCCAUGCAGUCAUUCGUCACACCAUUAGAUCUACAAACAGGAAUUCCAGAGCUGAGCGGACCGCUUCGGAAAUCAACUUUGACAAGUUACAGUUUGAACCACCUCUGAGGAAAGAAACAGAAGCCCGGGACGAAAUGGGAUUACCAUCAGACCCAAAUUUUAUGUACCAUUGGAAUCCUUUUGUGGAUGGUGCAAAUACAGGCAGAUCAACCUCUAAGCGUGCAGUACCACCUCCCCUACCUCCUAAGCCACGGAUAAACAGUUACCCUGAAGACAACCUCCCAGAGGAAGAGAAAUCAGCAACCGUCAAACGUUGCCCUGAUCCAGACGCUAGAGCACCUCACGUUCUCAGAAGACAGAGUAGCCCCAGCUGUAUUCCUGUAACAGAGACAGCCUCUAUAGGAAAUGGUGAUGGGAUUUCAAAACUGAUGAGCGAGAAUACGGAGGGAUCAGCACAAGCCCCGCAGUUACCUCGGAAGAAGGACAAGAGGGACUUCCCUAAACCAACCAUCAAUGGCCUUCCACCCACCCCAAAAGUUUUGAUGGGAGCAUGUUUUUCAAAAGUAUUUGAUGGCUGCCCUUUGAAAAUUAAUUGUGCAACAUCCUGGAUACACCCUGAUACAAAAGAUCAGUACAUUAUUUUUGGAACUGAAGAUGGUAUUUACACUUUGAAUCUCAAUGAGCUACAUGAAGCAACUAUGGAACAGUUGUUUCCGCGGAAAUGCACGUGGCUCUACGUUAUCAAUAACACGCUGAUGUCAUUAUCAGAAGGAAAAACCUUUCAACUCUACUCUCAUAAUCUUAUUGCUUUGUUUGAACAAGCCAAAAAACCAGGAUUAGCUGCCCACAUCCAAACUCAUAGGUUUCCUGACCGCAUUCUGCCAAGAAAAUUCGCCUUAACAACAAAGAUCCCUGAUACAAAAGGCUGCCAUAAAUGCUGCAUAGUUAGAAACCCUUACACGGGACAUAAAUACCUCUGUGGAGCUUUGCAGUCUGGAAUUGUCCUGCUUCAGUGGUAUGAACCGAUGCAGAAAUUCAUGUUGAUAAAGCAUUUUGAUUUUCCUUUACCAAGUCCAUUGAAUGUGUUUGAAAUGCUGGUAAUACCAGAGCAGGAGUACCCCAUGGUGUGUGUAGCUAUCAGCAAAGGCACAGAGUCAAACCAAGUAGUUCAGUUUGAGACAAUCAACUUGAAUUCUGCAUCUUCCUGGUUUACAGAAAUUGGUGCGGGCAGCCAACAGCUGGAUUCCAUUCAUGUGACACAGUUGGAGAGAGAUACUGUUCUGGUGUGUUUAGACAAAUUUGUAAAAAUUGUAAAUUUGCAAGGAAAACUAAAGUCAAGUAAGAAGCUGGCCUCUGAGCUGAGUUUCGACUUCCGCAUUGAAUCUGUAGUGUGCCUUCAAGACAGUGUGCUGGCUUUCUGGAAACAUGGGAUGCAGGGUAAAAGCUUCAAGUCCGAUGAGGUCACCCAGGAAAUUUCAGAUGAGACGAGAGUUUUCCGCUUAUUGGGAUCAGACAGGGUGGUUGUUUUGGAAAGCAGACCAACAGAAAACCCCACAGCACACAGCAAUCUCUACAUCUUGGCUGGGCAUGAAAAUAGUUACUAAGCAACUGAGAGGAUUCCAAGUGACAAGAAGAUGAGUGUGCUCCACUGAAGCAGGCGCGUGCUAUGGGAACUCAAUACAGACGCAGUGUGACUUGCCUUCUGUACAUUAGGAUAGGAUUCAGUAUUUUCUGUAGCUGGAAACAGCUAGUCAAUCUCUUGCCACUGUGUGGUGGUUAUAUCAAGUUUGCUUAAUAAAAGCUAUGAGACAAAUAGUCCUCUAGUUCCAGGAAACACAGUCCUUUUCAAAACACAAUGUUUGUAACAAGGUGCCAUGGUUUUUAAAUAACUCAUGUAAUUGUUUUUUCAGAGAGAGGUUAGUGAGCAUUCUGCCCUUUUAUACCAGGUCUUACUCCUUCUUAGUGAACAUAAUUUGAUAAGAAGUUGUCAAACAAGCCUUUCACUUUGACAUUGCCGUUCUGUAUGUUUUUGUAAGAUAGAAUAUUUAAUCCUUAUUUAUUAAUCUCUUGCUGGAGUGGUGUAAUGUUUCUAACUUUUAGCAAAGGAAGGUUGCAGAGCAGCUGAAUUUUUUUAUAAUGUGUGAAAGUCCUGUUCACCUUUACAUAGCCGUUCGUUCUUCAGGAGUCACAGGCAGUGUGUGGUGUUCAGCACACGUGGUUUCGUCUAACGAAGUGUUUCAUGACACAGUCUCAUGCAGGGUUGCCUUAGAGGAAGUUUGUGAUUUCCACUGCCGAUGGUUGUAAGGGCUCAUGAGAAGUGCCGACGGUGGACUAAAAGCCUUGGCAGAAUGUGUAAUGUCUGGUGUGACUACCGUAUUUUUGACAAGCAGUAUAAUAUACCUGUGAUUUUUUUUUUGCAUUAGGGAUAAUGCACAAGAAAUUAAUCUUCAUAUAUAUCAUGAUCCCUAAUGUUUGGGAGAAAAGUAUUUAACUGCCCAUAUUAUGUAUUUUACUUACAUUAUGCCAAUGGGGAAACUGCAGGGUAACUGCACGUGUAAUCUUGGGUUUUCACAUACAUAGGUGUUCAUUGUGAGUAGGGUUAAGAAAAAAAAACUUUAAGUGAAAUUGCAAUUUCUGAUGGGAUAGUAUAGAUAAAUGAUGUUGGUUUUAUAUUUUUUUUGAAAAGCCAUUAUACUAAAAUUAAAGGAUAGGGCCAUUUUUUAGUUUGUUUUUCUUUUGCAACUCUUAGUGUCCAGAAUUGAUGUGUUCUUUUGGUACCAGCUAUCUUAAUACAUUUAUAAGAACAGUUAGCAUUGAGGUGAUGAACAGGGGGUAGCAGUAGCAAGCUGUAGAAAUAGUCUGACCAGAUACUUGACAGGAAAACAAUGUGUACCUAUCUCAUCGUUAGCAGUUUUAUAAAGUACAUGUUAUCAUCUCCAUUUUUCCAAUGAGGAAAUAAGAGUUUAACCAAGUUAAGCAACUUAACCACUUCAUCCUGGUUAGUUCUUGAGCCAGACCAAGAGUCUCCCGACUCUGCUCUUCUCACUAUGCAAUGUACAAGUAAUAAAAUGUUACACAAGCAAA